AUGCGUUCUAGUCAACAGAGUCUUAACAAACGUUCAUUACAUGGAGGUGUUGGUGACCUCAAAUAUGAUCAGCGCGAAAGUCCAUAUUAUACAUCCACUCAUGGAGGUGACGCGAGACUUUGCCACUGUAAUUGCAAGGCUCCUCAAUCUAUCCACAAAGUCACUUACCAUCAAUUUGAUGAUCAUGAGAUGGUUCUAUGUAUGUGUCCAAAUGUAGUUAUGAGCGCUACAUAUAUGAUCGAAAUGAUGGGCUGCGUCCCCAUGCCAUUCGACGAUACAAUAAAACAAUGA